AUGGAAUAAGCUUUACUAAGUCCCGAUUUCGAUCCAAAGAAAUGGUUAUAAAACGAACUCAAUAGAAUGAAUUAAGAACAUUAAUCUGAAGUUGAUAAAAUUGUAUUAAACACAGAACCAGAUUUUUAAUUUUAAUCUACUGAUAUGCAAUUAACUGAAAUAUUAUUUAAUUUUAAAAGUAAACUUACGCAUUCUUUGGAUAUUAUUGACUCUAUUAUUUAACUAGAUUUUCAUAUGGAGGAAAUUAAAGAUAAAACUGAAUUAUGGACUUUCGGAUCAGGAAUUUUAGGUUAAUUAGGAAUUGAUAGAAUAAAAUUUUGUUAAAAUAAACCUUUUAAUAUAAGUAAAUUAACUGAUAAACAUUUUAGUUAAAUUGCAGUUAGUUCUACACAUACUGUUGGAAUAUCAACUCAAAAAAAGUUGUUUGGAUGGGGCUCAACAGAAUUUUGUUCUUUAGGUGAAUUAACAGAUUAAAAAUUAAAAUUAUCUGUAAUGAAUAAUAAACUAUUUUCUUUUGGAAAAGAAGAUUUUUCAAGAUUAGGAUUAGGUUAAAUUAAUAUAAAACAUACUGAAAAACCUGUUUAAAUAAAAAUUACUCCUAAAUUAAUAAAAAUAUAAGGAAUAGCUUGUGGGAAAAACCAUUGUUUAAUGUGGAAUUAAGCUGGUUAAAUAUAUUCAUGGGGAGACGGUACAUAUGGUAAAUUAGGACAUUCAAGUGUUAAUGGGAGUUAUAAUUACAUGGUGGCAGAACCUUAACUAGAUUAUUUAAGACCUAAAGUAAUAACAGGGUAUUUCAAAAGUUCAAAAAAAAAUUAAUCCUGUAGUAUAUUUGUAAAAAUAUCUUCUUAUGGCAAUUAAAAUGCAGCUAUUGAUUAAAAAGGAUUUUUGUACACAUGGGGAUAAAACAAUCAUAAUUGUUUAGGGCAUUAAGAAUCAAUUGAUUAUAAUUAUCCUUUAUGUUUAGAAGAAUUUAAUUAGAUGUAAGUAAUAGAUGUUGGUUGUGGAAAGAAUUUUACAGUUGUUAUUUAUUAAACACCUGAUUAAUAUAAUUCCUAAUAUCAAGAUUAAGUUAAAUCAUAAGUAUUAAUCUGA